ACGACGAAACAAACAUGGCGGACGUAGACGAAGACACAAGCUGGAUCCCAGAACUGGAGACGGCCCUCUUGGACGGAUGCGACUUUGGUCGACUGAGAAACAUCUGUAAGGGAAGACCAGUUCCUGAUCACCUCCGAGCGGAAGUAUGGCAGAUUUGUCUGAACGUGGUAGGAAAAGCAGACGCCUUGUCGGGAUUUGACGAAUGUUUUGAUAUGCCGGAGCAAGAGGUUCUCAGAGAGGAUUGCAGACAGUUAGUCGAGCGUCUGGGUAACGAUGAAGACGACCACCUGGCCGUUGUCUGCGACCUUGAAUCAAUUCUCACCUUUUACUGCAAGUCACGCAGCGUGGAAUACGUACACGAUAACGGAUGGCUCGAGAUCUUGCAGCCAAUGCUUGCCCUUAAACUCUCAAGACCAGAACUUUACAGCAUUUUCUACGCGCUUGUUACCAAAUAUGUUUCAAAAGAAUGUUGUAAGAAUGGUAAACCAUUUCAUCUGUUCAGACUCUUGCUCCUCUACCAUGACCCGGAGCUGUGCUCCUUCCUGGACAGCAAGAGGAUUACCCCAGACUUCUACGCACUACCCUGGUUCAGAAGUUUGUUUGCUAACCCAUGUGAUCUGAACGUGAUUCUGUGUAUGUGGGAUGUCUACCUACAACAGUCGGACCCAUUUCUUAUGUUCUCUCUCGCUCUAGUCAUCAUCGUCAAUGCAAAGGAACAAAUUAUGACUAUGGAGAAUGAUUCCAAGCAAGAUAUCAUAGAAAAACUAGUGUCAUUCCCGAGCGCGCUCGAAGCAGACGACAUUGAGGACUUCUGCUCGCUGGCUCAAUACUACGCGACGAAGACACCACAGUCGUUCAGAAGGGAUUACCAGAUGCCCCUAUUUGGCCAGACCCUCGCUGCUCAGAAAGAAGACUCCGCACAGGUCUCCCAGGCGCUGUGCCUACCGGUGUCGGUCAGUGAGCUUCUCCAGGCCAACCAGCCCAGCAACAGCGGCGUUCACUACUUUGUUGUUGAUUGCCGACCUGCGGAGCAAUACAACAGUGGUCAUCUACCUACUGCCUUUCACUUAGAUGCCAAUUUAAUGUUACAGAAUCACACAGAAUUCUCCACGGCCGUUCAGGCAUUGUUUGCCACUCAAAAACAGGCCAUCGCCGCAGAGUCGGUCGCCGGAGGAGAACAUCUAUGUUUUAUGGGGAGCGGACGCGAGGAAGAGGACCAGUAUGUCCACAUGGUAGUCGCUAACUUUCUACAGAAGAACUCUCAGUAUGUUAGCGUAGCAUGGGGUGGCUAUCAAGCUCUCCACGAAGCCUUAAAAGACAAUAUCUCGGAGGGACUCACCGAUCACAAUCCCAAGUCGUGUAUCGUCUGCAACCCAGAAGCCGGUGUGAAUGAUCAGGAAUACUUUGAUGAGGAUGGUUCAGUGAUGGGCAAACUGUCAUCGAUGGUGAAAUCAAAGGGGGCCAAUUUGAAAGAGAAACUCGCCAACUAUAUCAAAAACGAACAGCAACCCAUCGAGAGACAUGUUAGUGCAGAAGAUAAGGGGAAGAGGUAUCGCAAUAUGGCGUCUGUGUUCACCAUUGGAGAUGAAGACGAUGAUGACGUCCCGAGCGUGUGUUCGUCUGACGACGAACGGCAACGAGAGGUGGUUAACCUUGAAACGUGGCUGAACAAACCGGAGGUGAAGCAUGCAUUCCAGUGCCAAGAGGUCAAGGACAAUGGUUACAUGGUGCCAAGUCAUCUCCUGGUGACCGUCAACCAUUUGUUCGUAUUACGUGAGAUUCCGACGCAGAAGGGCAUGGCACUCAUUCAGGCGCGACGUAAUUUAUCCGCCAUCGUGAAAAUCACGUCGAAGAAACGCCACCCCGAGUUAAUCACGUUUAAAUACGGCUCUAGCGAAGACGAUGGAUUAAGGAUUACGUGCCUGGAUCGUUUUUUUAUCCCGCAGGCUGGCGAGGCGACUAAGGUGAUCAAGCAACAGAUUAUGGCCGUUCUGGAAGCGAUGGAUAGCUGAUACGAAAGUGAAUCAGACGAUUGAUCGUUUUGAUGACGCGUCCGGACACGUUCAGACGACUCUUCUCACGAAGCACCACACACUCAAAAUCCUGGUCAAUUUCAAAGACUACUUCAGAUAUCCAAUUAAAUUCAGGUCCCUUUGGAAAUGGAAGGUCAGAAAGUACAUGUUGAGUGAGUUUCUGUUAACUUCACUGAUAUGCUUGUGCAUUGUUCCUAGGUUCGGACUAGGACAGAAUGGACCUGAAACUGUACAUAGUUCCUGUGCACAGGACACCACAGAUGCCCCUGAAAGUCUGCAUGAAGAAUUGUUUUAAAUUGUGGACAUUUUAUUAUGAAUUCCAGAACCAUGUUUUGUUUAAGGUAACAUUUGGGUUUAUGGUCCGAUAGCGAUGAUGUUAUCGAUGACAUCCUGAAGCCUCCCAUUAGAUCAGCUCAAUCAGUGCUACAAGCUGAGUUCUUGGUUAGGAAAAUAUUGUAUUUUCCCAGUUUUGGGACUUUGCUGUUAGAAGUAGCACAACUCAGACCAAGGAUGGAAUGACUUUGGUUGGAGAGGGAGGGAGGGUGUGUGUGUUUUAGUUCAAAGUUGUUAGUACCUGAUGUUAAUUAGCUGUAUCCCACAUUAACAUUUUUGAUCUUAAUCGAAAAUAUACUCGAACAAAUUUGCAUAACAAGGUGGGUCUUGUGAGCAGACGGUCCUUGUGUGGGGAAGCACAGUCACGUGAUCAUGUGACCCUGAGCUGGCAAAAUGAGACAUGAUGAGCAAUUUGAAAAUUAAUCAGAAUUGUCAAUCUCUCCAGGUCGCCUUUUAGAUUCUUGGUUGCACCCACCAACAGUAGUUGAACUUAGUAUGGUGAUUUAGCAUAGGUGGCAGCUCUGGAUAUACCCUGGAGGGGUGCCCCAACUUGCUGAGAAUCAUAUAUAUUCAAGCAGGCAUCCCAACUUAGUGAGUAAAUUUUCUCCUUUUCCAUGGCAGGCCAGCUCAGUAUUAAAGUGAUACCAUGAUGUGAUUUAUAACUUUGCGGAAAUACGUCCGUUUUUAAUUGUUGAUCACAAAUGUAAAGCUCAAAUUUUCCAUUUUUGAUUAGAUUUAUUAUAAAAUCGCUGAAUGUAAACCACCGCGACCGCAAAAAUGUUCAUGUUGUGACGUCAUCAACGAAAACGGCAUCGAAGCGAGCCGUCCGGGCGAGAUUAAACCAUCAAUUUCUAGAAAAUGUGCAUUUCGAUUCGAAAACCUUACCGAUUUAUAAGAAAGUGACGUAGUCAUUUGUCAAAAACAGCUAAAACAUUAUAUGGUGAAAUUUGACACGAGUUACCCUUUAAGUUGGGAGGCCUUUCUGAUUCUCGAUAAGUUUGGAAGUCGUUUCUCCAGGGUGGGAAAUGUACUCCGAGUUCAAAAGAUUAUAAACCCAUUUAUCCUUUGGCAAGCUUUUGUAAUCACCGUCUCGCUGAUGGACCAAAGGGUUUAAACCUCUUAAGUCCAGAGCUGCAUGUAAAGGGUUAAUCCUCAUGUACACAAACAUUUGUAGGCCAAUGUGGCUGUGCAUUAUUAGGAGAAUUAAUAUAUCAUAUAUUUUUGUCCUGUAUAUUUUUGUGCUGUCCUGAUUUCAAGAAUAGUCCGUUCUGUAAAUUCACCCCCUGAUACAUACUGUGUCAACAUGUUUAAGCCAGUUCAGGUGAGUCUGUUACACAUCAACAUUAUAGUCGUAGUUCCACCUAUCAUAAAACCCCGUGUUUUUUCAAGACCCGUGUCUUCGCCGUGUGUGAAAAAACCCGGGCCGCACUUACACCUAUCAGUGGUGUUAGAUAAUGGUUAAUAGCCCCGGCGACAGGUGCGCUGUAGGUAGGGAGCUCUCCUGUGUUUCUUUCCCGUUGGAGGGGAAUUUCACAUGCGCAAUACCGAGGCAACUACACCGCGCCAUCUGUCGCCGGAUCAUAGAACUUGCAAUUGCUGUGUCUUCAGAUUCCACCUAUCAAAAAACCCGUGUUGAACACGGGUCUAAAUUAGCCCCUGAUUAGCCCCAUCGAGCUCGAUGGGGCUAAUAGACACAGGGAUUUGACACACGGGCCAUUUAGACACGGCAAUUCAUAGGUGUAAGCGCGAAAGACAUGGGGAUUUGAUAGGUGGAAGUAUGAAUAUUACUGGUAAAAUAAGCCUCACAGGCACCCCCUCAACCUGGUUAAACAGAUCAACACAGUAAUCGAGCAUUAGUUUGAGGUUGGAACGUCCCGUAGGACUGAGAAGAUCAGUCGGGAACGACAUCAGUCCUGAAGAAGGCAUUGUGUACAAUGUCAAUGGUGAAACUGAAGACAUUGUUCAGUAAAUUUGAAUCUAGUGAUCAAAUUGAAUUGUUUCGUGUUAUUGUUAAACUGCUUGGAUGAUUGAAAGCAUACACAAAAGAGGGAUGAAUAUAAUAAUUGAAAUCAUUGUAAUGUCCUAUGUUAGAGUCCCUUAAGAGUUAUGUAAGGAAGUAUUCAGGAGAGUAGAGCAACACAGAGCCUCUGGGCUACAAUUAAGUUGUCAAUUGUAAAUAAACUAAUCUGUAAAUAAUCCUUUGGUGUGUUUCCGGACCAGCUCUAAAUGUUGAUAUGUACACAAAUGUAUAGCUUGGGGAGAGUGGGCCUUAACAAGUUCCAAAAUUACAAAACUAUUUCUAUUCUCUCACCUUAUUAGGUUAGUCAUGUGAAAAAAAUGGUGGAAAAUAGAAUUUUUGAUGAAGUUCAAAGUUGUGUUAAAAUUUUGGCAAAGUUCAAAGUCGUUUUGUAGUUUUGGAAUUGCGGUGCAUGCUCCUCUAAAUGUAAAAUAAUUCUAUUUAUGUUGAGUAAUUCUCCAUCUGUGCUAUAGGUGGGGUGAUAGGUAAUGUUUAACAAUAAAGGUGUAAACACAACAUGU